UGACGCAAUGACGUACGAAAAGGAGGGAAAACAGCCUCAUGGGAGUGUGGGCUCCGGGCUGUGUGGCGGCGUUCCAGCAGCACUGUCACCUGACGUUUCGCCUGCAUUUAUGGCAGGCAUCCUCAGAGGUUGUGGGGUGUGUUGGAAACUAGGAAAGUGGGGUUUAUAUAUAUAUAUAUCUGUGGAAUGAUAUAUCGAACUUUUCUCUGAGGCAAGUAUGAAUGUUGCCAUUGGCCAGCUUGAUUAGCAUUGAAUGGCCUCGCAGCUUCAAAGCUGGCCUGGCUGCUCCCUGCCUGGGGGAAUCCUUUGUCGGGAAGUGUGUUAGCUGACCCCGAUGGUUUCCUGUCUGUGAACACCUCCCAGCAAAGGAUCCCCCCAGGCAGGGAGCAGCCAGGCUUUGAAGCUGCAAGGCCAUUCAAUGCUAAUCAAGCUGGCCAGUUGCAACUUAUCUCCAACAGACUUACUUCUCGCACCCUGGACAGGUGUGUGUAUAUAUGUAUGUAUGUGUAUGUAUAUAUAUAUAUACCCCAUUUGCCUAACAAAUCUCACAACCACUGCCAUAGAUGUGGGCAAAACGUCAGGAGAGAAUGCUUUUGGAACCAUGUCCAGACACUCACAGUAAUCCAGUGAUUCUGGCCAUGAAAGCCUUUGACAACACAUUAUUGUUAUUAUUAUUAUUAUUGUAUUAUUAAAAUGUAUAUCCCCUAAAGUGGGAUCCAAACCUUGCAUUAUUUAUUAUUAUUAUUAUUAUUAACUAGCUUGGGGACCCGGUGGUGCCCAGGUGAUUUUUUUUUUCUCUGUGUCAGGAGCAACCUGAGUUGCUUCUGGAGUGAGAGAAUUGGCCGUCUGCAAGGACGUUGCCCAGGGGACGCCCGGAUGUUUUGAUGUUUUACCAUCCUUGUGGGGGGCUUCUCUCAUGUCCCUGCAUGGAGGUGGAGCUGAUAGAGGGAGCUCAUCCACGCUCUCCCCGGGCCACCGGAGGCUCCUGUCCAGGGGAGCCGAGUUCGAGGGGCUGGUGGUUCUCCAACCCUUCCGAAGGCACUUUCAGUGCGCUGGAAGAGUCCGAGUCCUGCUCCGGCCUGGAGGAAUCCCUGGAAGCGGUCGCGUCGGCCUUUGUGGAGCGGGGCCCCUUCUCGGGGAUGAUGGGCUUCAGCCAAGGGGCGGCCCUGGUGGGCAUCCUCUGCGCCCUCUGCCAGCAGGGCGACCCCCGCUUUCCCUUCCGCUUCGCCCUCCUCGUGUCCGGCUUCCAGAGCAAAGCGAAGCCCCACCAUGUCUACUACGACGCCCCCAUCGCAGUGCCCAGCAUCCACAUCUUCGGGGAGAACGACCAGGUCAUCCCAGCCGCCAUGAGCAGGGAGCUGGCCGCCCGCUUCGAGGGGCCCCGGACCCUCCUCCACCCCGGGGGACACUUCGUCCCGGCCGCUGGACCCCAGAGGAAGGAAUACGUGGCCUUCCUCGACCAGUUCGGCCACGCGGAAGGGGACGAUGGGACCUCCACUUGAUGAGAAGGGAGCACACCCAAGACCCCAGGAUUGACAGACACAUUUGGGAAGAGUAAACAUGUUGCCGUUUGUUUUGCAAAACUAAGCCUCUUAACGUGCAAAGAUCUCUGGAUCUAAUUGCAACCUGAGCAUGUGCAGAGGUUCCAGGAUAAUAAGUAAAUAUUAUUAUUUAUCAUUUCCUGACCAUAAUGUCACUCUGUGUCCCAGGGUAAUAUUAUUAUUAUUAUUAUUAUUAUUAUUGUGUUGUCGAAGGCUUUCAUGGCCGGGAUCACAGGGUUGUUGUAUGUAUUCCGGGCUGUAUGGCCAUGUUCCAGAAGAAUUCUCUCCUGACGUUUUGCCCACAUCUAUGGCAGGCAUCCUCAGAGGUUGUGAGGCAUGGAGAAACUAGGCAAGGAAGGUUAAUAUAUAAUUAUUAUUAUUAUUGCUAUUAUUAUUUUAUUGUAUGACACAGCAAACAAGAUAGACAUGCUGGAUUUCAUAUCACAAAAUCACAAGUCGAACACUUCCCAAGUGUCUAGGACUGUGUGCUGUAUUUUCGGAUGAUGCGCGCAGAUCCCAGUCGGGAGGCCUUUUGCAGUUGGCAGGUCGUAAUUUUGUCAAUGUCUAUUGUUUCCCAGUGCCGGCUGAGAUCUUUUGGCACGGCACCCAAUGCGCCAAUCACCACCGGGACCACCUUCACUGGUUUCUGCCAGAGUCUUUGAAGUUCAAUCUUGAGAUCCUGAUAGCAGCUGAGUUUUUCCUGUUGUUUUUCAUCAAUGUAACUGUCACCUGGGAUUAUUAUUAUUAUUAUUUACCAAUAUUUAAUUAAUAAAUAUUAUUUAUAUUUA